CGCUUGCGCCUGUGAGCACGCAUGUCUGCGCACGACAGCUACUCGUCCGACAGCGGCAGCGACAGCGACGACGCGCCCGAGGUCGUCAGUCUCAGCGCCGCCCGCCAGGGCACCAAGGCCGACCAGCGGCGACGACUCGAGGAGCAGCAGCGGCUCAACCGCGCCAAGAAGAGCGCAGGGCGGGAGCGCGCGGCGGCGUCGUCGAGGAAGGGCAAGGGCCGGGCAGCAGAGGAGGACGAGGACGAGGAGGCGCAUGACGAUGACGAGGACCUCGAGGAGGACGGCGAGGAGCUCGGCGCCGCAGAGGAGGAGCUCGAGGACGACGCCGCGCCCGCACCUGUCGCGCCGCAGGGCACCAAGACGACCUACCUCGACGACUCGCUGUUUGCCGACGCCGCGGCGCACUACGAGGCGGGCAAGCACGAGCCGGCGCCGGGGCAGGGCAAGAAGGCGGCCAAGCGGAGGGUCAAGGAGGAGCGGCAGCGCAGGCGCGAGGAGGCGGAGCGCAGGGCGGGCGAGGUCGGCGUUGGCGGCAAGACUCAAGUCGGCGACCUCACGCUUCAGCACCUCCCGACCGUCGCGCACGGCCCGGCCUCGCUGUCGUCGACGGCGCUCCCGUCGCACACGUCGGCGACCAAGUUCCUCACGUCGCGCCUGUACAGCAAGAAGCGCCAGGUGGCCGUGCUCGACGCCGGCCGCGCCGACGCCUCGCAGCCGCGCAACCCGAAGAAGAGCAAGGGCAUGAGCUUCGAGAGCAAGGUGCUCCUCGGCCUCGCCGACCCGGAGGACGCCAACGUCGAGAAGGACAAGGAGCGCAAGCGCAAGAAGGCGCUGCUGCUCCAGGCCGAGGGCACGAGGAAGUCGGCUGCAACUGCUCGCCCACUCGCGUCGGCUCGGCGAGGCGCCCAGCCGGCCAACAACUUUGCCCAGUCGUCGUUUCGCGGUUGAGCCUCGCCUCGUCAGCGCCGCCUCUAGUCCCCUUCCUCGGUGACCUGUUGUAUUGCACUGGUUCUUCCUCUCC